CGUUUCUCUAGACUGUUAACAGCCUCGGAGCCUCCGCCAAAAUGCAGACUAAUAAUUUCACUUUACUUUCACUCGUUUUACUUUUUCUCCUCGAUGGUAUGAAUGAAAUCGAGGGUGUUUUAGAGAGUCCUGAAAUCAGCGUGAAUCCAUCUUCAGUGUCUGAGGGACAGUCUCUCAGGGUCACCUGUGAGGCCCCUUCAUAUCAAAGAAGUUUCCAGUGGUUUCUGUACAGAAACACAGAGGACAGUCCCUUCAUGAAAGGCACAGACUCUGGGAGUAUGUGUGACUUCACAGUCACUGGGACAAAGCUUCUUCAGGGAAAAACAUCCAAUGGAAUUUACACUGCUGUGGAGCUCAGCUGUGAGUACAGGGAUGGAGCCACUAGCUCUCAGAGGAGUAAAAGGAUGGAAGUCAAAGUGCUGGGUUCAUUGCAACCUCCCCAUCUGAAUGUCAGCUCCACUAACACCACAAAGACAGACUCAGUGCAGCUGAGCUGUGAGACUCCUCAGUCUGUCUCAGUGUCUCGUUGUCAGUUCCUGUCGGAUGGACAAACUGUCGGGGAGACGUCUUCACCCUGUCGGCGCUCCAUCACCGGGACUCAGCUGCUCAGGGGGACGAUCCACUCUGGCGACGCUCAGAUUGUAGUUCAGUGUCUGUACACUGCGGACAUAAAUGGGAUUAAUAUACCAUCACCAUCACCGCGCAGUAACAGUAUCACAGUGACAGUGACGGGGUUCCUGAUAAACUCCACAUCUGAUCCAGUGUCCACAACAAAUCUGACAGCUGUGAUCAAUGUGAGCAGCACAUUACUGCCUGAAAAUAGCUUUGUCGGUGUUACCUGUGCUGCUCCACGCACGGUGCGAGAGGCCACCUGGAGGCUCUACAGAGACACACAUACAUCUCCGGUCCUCACACGGACUGGGAAGGGGAAUCUUUUUCGGUUCUCAGUGUCUAGGAGCAACCUUCUUCAGGGAGAAACACACACUGAUGUGUACACUGUUGUACAGCUGAGCUGUGAAUACACUGAUAGCGACUCAAACACCGUCUCUCAGCGGAGCAGCAGGCGGCAGCUGAUGGUCCUGGGCAAACUGCCCCCGGCCAAACUGACACUGAGUCCCGCGAUGGUCACUGAGAGAGGCUCGGUGCAGCUGAGCUGUGAAGGACCUCAGAAUCUGCCUGUGUCUCAGUGUCAGUUCCACGCAGACAAGAAGUGGCUGACUGAGACUCCGUCGGACUGUCAGCUCUCCAUCGCUGGAGCCGAGCUGCUCAGAAGGGGGGGUCGGGGUCACAGCAUGAUCAGCGGGGUUAUUAAAGUGGACUGUCAGUACAUUGUGGGUGCUGGAUUAAAUGCACCUUCCCCACACAGUGAUGGUCUUUCAGUGACACUGCUGGUCGAGCCAAAUAUUAACGUGUCGACACACCACAAUGAGACCGUGGUUCGCUGUGAAGCCCCUCCUCCUGUCACUGGAGCCCUCUUCUACCUGCAUGAGAAAGAAGGGACACAACCCAUCACAGAGAUCCGGGCAGCAGAAGGAGAGAGAGCAGUGAUUUUCACUGUCCCUCGCAGCCCCGACACCACAGUGACCUACUGCUGCGCUUAUAAGUACCAGAACUUCAGCUCUUCGCUGAGUAACUGCACCGGAUCACAAAGUGCACAGGAGAACAAAAACAGUGGAGCCUCUAUGUGGGUGACAGCUGGAGUGUUUUUUGCUGUGAUGGUGUUGCUGCUGGUAAUUGUGACUCUGUGUCUGUACAAGGGAUACAAAAAACAGAAAUCCAGCAGACAAGAAGCUGCUCAAGGACAACUUGUCAGAAUGGUAACAUCAAGCGAUGCACCUGUUGAUGAUACGGCCUACGCAACUAUCACUGAUGAUCCUGCUAACUGCAAACCACUGCCCUCUGAUUCUGGUUUAAGUGGCGAAAACCAGCAAACUCAGAAUGGCUUCGAUUCUCAACAACAGGAGAGUCCUUUGUGCGCCACAUCCAAUGAAGAUCAAAAUUAUGCAACGAUUGAUGACUUGCCUGCUGCCUCCAUGGAUGUCACAACAGUUUACAGCCUUGCACAGCAGUCCUGAGACCAGCGGACCCCUGUAUAACAUACUUGUCAUGUGAUCGGGGGGGUGACAUUAAACUAUAUUAAUUUCUUUGUCUCUUUUAUAAAUCAUAUGCUGUAUUUAAAAAAAAAAUGUCCAUGCAACAAAGUCUUUAUGAAGGGAAGUGUAUCUCUUAUUAUUAAAUACACUCAUAUUGCUGGUCAUUUGUUGUUAAUUUCCUGCAGGAAAGAUAGAUACUGUACAUGUUAAGUAACUUUAAUGUUUUAAACAUGUCCUUUUAUUUUGAGGCAAGGACUGGG